AUGACGCCCGAACAGCGCGACGCGGCGUUCGCCAUGGCUGGACAAGAGAUGGAGUACCGCGUGGAGCUGUUCAACAAGCUCGUGGGCGCGUGCUACGAGAAGUGCAUCGAUAAGAAGUUCAAGGACGGCGAACUGAACGUGGGGGAGAACUCGUGCGUGGAUCGGUGCGCGGCGAAGUACUGGGAGAGCGUGGCGAUCGUGGGGCAGAUGUUGGGGGCGCAAGGGAACGCGCCGAGCUAG